AUGCCAUCUUCCUCAACGCCAUCGUUGUACCUCUGCCUACUGCUCAUGUCGUGCCUUCUUCUCUUGGAAGAAGCACAUGGGGCGCGCCAUGGAGGGAUCUCACUGAGGUCUCAGCACAUGGCCCUCCUCCACUGGAAGGCUACACUCGCAAGCCCACCGCUGCGGAUGAGCUCUUGGCAGGAAAACACCAGCCCAUGCAACUGGACGGGUAUCAUGUGCGCGGUUGUUCGCCAUGGCCGACACAUGCCCUGGGUGGUGACCAACGUCUCCCUGCCAGAUGCUGGCAUCCAUGGCCAGCUUGGUGAGCUUAACUUCUCGGCUCUUCCAUUCCUCGCAUAUAUCGACCUUAGUAAUAACAGUCUCAAUGGUGCCCUGCCAGCUAGUGUCAGCUCCCUGUCAGCACUUUCAGUACUUAACCUUCAGGAAAACCAGCUCACUGGGAAAAUUCCUGAUGAGAUUGGUGACCUGCAAAGUCUUAGGAAACUUGCCCUCGCAUUUAACAGGAUCACGGGACAUAUCCCUGCGUCUCUGGGUAACCUAACACUGCUAACUGAUAUUUUCAUUCACCAAACCAUGGUAUCAGGCCCCAUUCCCGAGGAGAUGGGAAGGCUUGUCAACCUACAAAGUCUACAGCUAAGCAACAGCAGCUUAAGCGGUUUGAUACCGAAAACAAUUAGAAAUCUGACCCAACUAAAUGGUUUGUACCUGUUUGGUAAUCAACUUUCAGGACCUAUACCCCAAGAAGUAGGCAACCUAGUCCAUUUGGAAAGUCUUCAGCUUAAUUCAAAUGAUUUUUCAGGUUCAAUUCCAAUCUCCAUAGCCAAUCUUACGAAGAUGAACCAACUUUUUCUCUUUGAUAAUCAAAUCACAGGUUCAAUACCCCCAGAACUAGGCAACCUCGCUAUGCUAAACCAACUGGGUCUCGAUAGGAAUCAAAUAACAGGUUUGAUACCCCCAGAACUAGGGAACCUCACUAUGCUAAAUGAUAUGUUUCUCUAUAGAAAUCAAAUCACAGGUCCAAUACCUUUGGAAUUGUGCAUCUUGUUGAAUCUCCAGACUUUAGGAUUGACCGACAACCAUAUAACCGGUUCCAUCCCCCAGGAAAUUGGCAAUUUGAUGAAUCUCAAAUAUUUAGGCUUGUCCGAGAACCAAAUUUCGGGAUCAAUACCGAAAACUUUCGGGAAGUUAAUGAUGAGCUUAACAUCGAAUAGACUCUCCGGGCAAAUCUCCGGUUCAAUACCUUCAGAAUUGGGCAUCUUGCUGAACCUCCAGGAAUUAGACUUGUCCGAGAACCAAAUAACCGGUUCCAUUCCCCAAGAGAUUGGCAAUCUGAUGAACCUCGAAUAUUUAGGCUUGUCUAUGAACCAAAUUUUGGGAUCAAUACCAAAAACUUUUGGGAAGUUGCAAAGCAUCCAAACAGUGGAAAUAUUUAGUAACAAAUUAUCGGGUUCUCUUCCUCAAGAAUUUGGAGGUCUCAUAAGCCUUGUUGACCUUGAGGUGUCACACAACUCACUUUCAGGACAUUUACCCACAAAUAUAUGUUCAAGUGGUAGACUCCAACAUCUCAUUGUCUCAUCUAAUAUGUUCAAUGGCCCCAUUCCAAGCAGUUUAAGGACAUGUACGAGUUUGGUUCGAAUUGACCUUCAGAGAAACCAAAUAACAGGUGAUAUAUCUCAGCAUUUUGGUGUGUAUCCACAACUCAUAAAAAUGAUCUUGGCAUCGAAUAGACUCUUUGGGCACAUCUCACCAAAUCUAGCUGCAAGUACCCAGCUAACGGUACUACAUCUAGCACAAAAUAAUAUCACGGGUUCCAUACCUCCAAUACUAUCUAAAUUGUCCAACCUAGUAGAACUAACACUCGGUUCUAAUAAUCUCAGCGGUGAGAUUCCACCAGAAAUCUGCACUUUAACUAAUCUAUAUAAACUGAACUUAUCAUCGAACCAAUUAUCUGGAUCCAUACCUACACAAAUAAAAAAGCUGAGCAAUCUAGGAUACCUUGACAUAUCUGGGAACAGACUGAGUGGAUCAAUACCUGAGGCAUUAGGGGCCUGCAUGAAACUACAGUCUUUGAAGAUCUGCAACAACAACUUCAGUGGGAGUUUGCCUGGUGCAAUUGGAAAUUUAGCAGCUCUGCAGAUCAUGUUAGAUGUGAGCAACAAUAACCUCAGCGGUGUGUUGCCACAGCAACUUGGGAAGUUGGAGAUGCUAGAAUUUCUGAAUUUAUCAAAUAAUCAGUUCAGUGGCAGCAUUCCAUCCGCCUUUGCAAGCAUGGUUAGCCUUUCAACACUUGAUGUGUCCUACAACAACUUGGAAGGACCAGUCCCAACAGCCCCGCUACUCCAAAAUGCUUCAGCAAGUUGGUUUCUUCCCAAUAAAGGUCUGUGUGGUAACCUCUCUGGCCUGCCACCAUGUUAUUCAACCCCAGCAACUGCUCAUAAAAGGGGAAAGAUACUUGGUUUGCUUUUGCCAAUUGUUCUUGUGAUGGGUUUCGGCAUUGUUGCUGCAAUUGUUGUCAUAAUAAUACUUACUCGUAAGAAGAGAAAUCCACAAGAAAGUGUUACCGCUGAAGCAAGGGACCUAUUCUCUGUUUGGAAUUUCGAUGGAAGAUUAGCAUUUGAUGAUAUUAUAAGGGCAACAGAAGACUUUGAUGAUAAGUACAUCAUUGGAACAGGGGGGUACGGCAAAGUCUACAAGGCACAACUCCAAGACGGGCAGGUGGUUGCUGUGAAGAAGCUUCAUCGGACCGAAGAAGAGUUGGAUGAUGAAAGAAGAUUUCGUAGUGAAAUGGAAAUCUUAACACAGAUCCGACAACGAAGCAUCGUCAAAAUGUAUGGAUUUUGCUCCCAUCCAACAUAUAAAUUUCUCGUCUACGACUACAUUCAGCAGGGAAGCCUCCACGGAAUAUUGGAAAAUCAGGGGCUAGCAAAGGAAUUAGAUUGGAAGAAGAGAAUUGCUCUUGCAACUGAUGUGGCUCAAGCAAUAUCUUAUUUGCACCACGAAUGCAGUCCACCUAUAAUCCAUCGAGAUAUCACAAGCAACAACAUCUUACUUGAUACAUCCUUCAAGGCUUUUGUCUCGGAUUUCGGCACGGCAAGGAUUCUUAAGCCCGAUUCAUCAAACUGGAGUGCACUAGCAGGAACGUACGGCUAUAUAGCUCCUGAACUGUCGUACACAUCUGUUGCGACAGAGAAAUGUGAUGUCUAUAGCUUUGGGGUGGUUGUGUUAGAGCUACUGAUGGGCAAGCACCCAAGGGAUCUAUUAGAUGGUAAUCUUUCUAACAGCGAACACUCAAUAAUGGUGAAAGAUAUUCUGGACCAACGGCCAACAACACCAACAUCAACUGAAGAGAUUAGCUUAGCUGUGCACAUCAAGCUGGCCUUAUCUUGUUUGGAAUCUUCACCCCAAGCAAGGCCAACCAUGCGGGAGGCAUACCAAACACUCAUCCAGCAACCAUCUUCUAGUUCUUGUUCCGUGCCUUUCAGCGCACUUAUAUUACAGCAAGGGAUGCAUGUUGACAUAAGGUCUGAAUCCUAG